GCCCAACUUGGUCUGGAGCUAAUGAGCCUAGCUACAGCCCUGCAUACUGUGACAGUCUCUGACUAGAGAGGAGAGAGGCGCUCUGUCACCUGACCACACAGGUGUCAGCAACCUCAGGGGAAUGGAAAUAUCUAACCUAAGCCCCCAUCCUUUCAAUGGCAAUAAGAAUGUAGAUGCACUUUAGUGUUAUUCCUCAGGGCUAGAUUACAGUUAAUUUGAGUUAUUUAUGAAUAUAUGUUUGUGUAUACCGGUACACCAGUGUUCCUUCUGACUAGUCCCGAAUAAUACACAAUUUUAUCAGAUACAUUUAUGCCCAAACCUGUAAUUUUAUGGUGACUGUAAGAAUGUUGGUGCUUUAUUACCACAGCUACAGAAAUAGAAUGGGUAGCUGAAAAUGUAUAGGCAUUAAUACCGGCAUACAAGUAUGGGAUGCCAAGAUUUAGGAUUAGAAAUUUUMUCAAUUUUAUCAGAAGUGUGUCAGGUAUGGCACAAUCAAUGCCGUUCAAAACGGAUGUAUUUUCUCCUGCUUGUAAAAUGCACUGUCAUUUCUUCUCUUCUUUUAUAAUUGUAUUGCUUAUAAGGGUCUGUGUCACAUCACAAACGCACCAAUGAUUUGUUUCCAUUUGUGAAACUCAGAUAGCUGGAAUGGAAUGUCAUGACCAAAUACAGUCACCGCUCAUUUGUUCUGCUGUUUAUGUCACUACCUUCAUUGGAUGCCUGCCACUAUGCCAUGCAUUACUAGACAUUCCCGCCAUCUAAGCACUAUAAGGUCUAUCUAUCCACGUUGAUGAACCAAAGCACUUUCUUACUCCAUCUCUCUGUGUUAUUGUGUUGAGAAAAAUGAGAUGGUUUUGUGACACAAUGAAGAUAUGUUUUGUAAUGUAUAGAAUGCUGUACAAUAGUUGUUGGUUUUAAUGUAUUUAUGAUGCAGAAAAAUAAAUGUUUACAGUGUAAUUGACUGGAAAAACUCUUGAACAAGUCCGUAAUCGAACACGCCCCUACCGCCGCUUUGAGUAAUGGGAGAUGUUCGUUUUUAGAUUGAAUAUUGUGAAAAUGGACGUGCAGCCGCCUCCUAUCCGAACCUUGGAUGAGUUUGUUUUGGAUUUGUCUCGGUUCGCCGUGCGAGACAUUCGUCAUCUGGAGAGAAGGAACAAUCAGAUCAUAAAUAACUUGCUGUAUUACCAGUCCAACUAUUUUGUCUCGUUUUUGACAUUCCUGGGAAUAGUAGGGUUUUUGCGGCCCUUCCACCUCUUCUUGGGGGCCACAGUGGUGACGUUGAUAUUUAUGGGGUUUGUGUGGGCAGCAGAGAACCAGGCCCCCAUCAGACAGUUGCGCCGGAACCACCCAUCCCUGGCCCUGGGUGCCAUCCCGGGGGCCAGCUUCCUCUUCAUCACAGUGCUCGGAGGAGUAUCCGUCUUCCUCUUCGGCAUAGCCUUCCUCAUCUUAUUGAUACUGAUCCACGCCUCUGUUAGGCUGAGGACCCUCAAGAACAAGUUGGAGAACAAGCUGGAGAACAUUGGGCUGAAGAGUACACCCAUGGGGCUCCUACUGGAGUCACUACGACAGGAACAGGAGGCUGGGUCCUAGAGGGGGAGGAGAGGAAGGGGUAGAGAGAUGCCUGGUUCUAUUUCAAUCUUUUGCACCUAGCCCUAUUCCCAGAUCGGAAAGGACUGAAUAAAUGUUAUCAAUAUGUUGAGCUAAGUUCCUUCACAUAUCCUGGCCUGAUAUGUAAUCACAGUGGUAGGGGAUAGAGACCUAAAUGGAACGAGUCCUCUCAGACUAAGAGUGGGAGACAGAGGGAUGUGGUGAGGGAGGGAGGCUGAGGAAAGUAGAGGAAGAGAGGAGGGAAGUACAGGAAAGCAGUGGUGAAAUUAUUAUGAUAUCACAGUGUCACGAAUGUGGUGUUACAGAUUGCAAAUUCUAUGGGCUCUGCAGCCUUUUUUAAUGCACACACUAACUGUCGUGGGUUCUUUCCCACACAAGUAAUGUUGCACACUUUGACAAGCUCCUUAUUAGAGUUUGCAUUUUAUCCUCAGAAAGCUGACAUUAUGUGAGCUAAAAUACUGCGCUGAGAAGCAAAUGUGUCCUCCUAACAGACAUGGAGUGUGGAGAGUGCUACAAUAAGAUGGUUUUUAAAAUGCAAUUUAAAUGCCAGCGUUAUGGUUACAAUUUUCUUUUACAUGGAAACCUGAAGGUGUUUGAUGAGCCACUACUCUAACUCCUGAACACACUACUUUUUGUGUUAUUGUCUAUUCUCUACUGCUGUUGGGUUUUACUAUUUGAUGCAGUUGAAAGUUUCAAUGAGUUGGGAUAGAUCAAGGACAAUUGUGGAACAACUGUAUGCUUUUAAUAGAAAUACAAUGAAUACUACUUCUAUGAUGCUAUGAUUCCAAUCAUUUUUACCAGGAUUAUGUAUGUGUGUGUCUCUGUCCAAGCAUUAUGUGAAUAUUAAUGUCAGUUCAUAUUAAUGUCAGUUUGCCUUCAUUGUGUAAAAUGUUAUUCCAUUGAGAAUGUUGUAUUUCUUUUUAGCAGCGCCUUCUAUGGAMUUAUAAUAUUGUGGUUAUG